AUUCCAAACCUUCACAAUUUUCUCUUUAAAUACAAAGCAUCACUCUCUUUGCUUCCUCAGCUAAAGCUUCACUCAUAUAAAUAUAUCCUCUAUCUCUUCUAACAUUCCAUAUACCACCAGCUUACCCAAUAAAAAAAUAAUAAUUCUAGCUCUGGCUAUUCCUAUGUUAUUAGCUUAUAACUCGAUCUUUACUAUUUUGCUCAUUCCAAACUUCUUGGCUCUUACUUUUCCAGCUAAGUGGAGAUUUCUUGCUUCUAAGUAGCCAAGUGUAGAAAUUGUGCUAAUGUUGUUGGACACGAAGUUCUAGCAUCUUUAAGGUAGCAAGAAGCAUAAUAAUUGUGUUGCCUGUUGUAACUUUUAAGGGAGGAGUACAAAAAAUGGAGAAUGGUUGGAGCUGGGAGCAAAAGACAUUGAUUACUGAGCUAAUCCAAGGGAUGGAACUAGCAAAACAGUUGAGGGCUCAUUUGAAUGCAACGUCAUCAGUUGAAACUAGGGACAUGUUAGUGCGGAGGAUACUAUCUUCUUAUGAGAAGGCUCUCUUGAUUCUCAACGGGGGUGGAUCAAUGGGACAACCACAAAAUGCUGGAGUCUCUGCUGGUGUUCCAGAGUCCCCCAGAUCCAUUAACGGAAGCUCUCGAAGUGAUGAUUUUGAUGGGAGUGUUAAGGAUAAUCAGGGCUAUAACGAGGCCUCAAAGAAGAGAAAGACCACUCCCAGAUGGACAGAUCAGGUUAGAGUCAGUACUGAUAAUGGACUAGAGGGGCAUCAUGAUGAUGGCUUUAGCUGGAGAAAAUAUGGGCAGAAAGAUAUUCUAGGAGCAAAAUAUCCUAGAAGCUAUUACAGGUGCUCCUACAGAAAUACUCAGAAUUGCUGGGCUACAAAGCAAGUGCAGAGAUCAGAUGAAGAUCCCACCGUAUUUGAGAUCACAUACCGAGGAACGCACUCUUGUGCUCAUGGAAACCAAUCAGUCCCAUCACCGGAAAAACAAGAAAAGAAACGAAAGAAUACCAAUAACAACUGUCAACAACAGCAAUCACAGCAAGCCCUCUUUAACUUCCACAACAGCUUAAGGGUUAAUACAGAGGACUUCGACAAUAAAGAGAUGGUAUCUCCCUUCUCUUUUCCUUCUACAAAUGGAUGCACAAAGAGUGAGGGCAGUUUUUCUCCAUUUAUAUCUCCAGCCACACCUGAACCAACUCACUACUCACUUUCACCAUUCCAGAUGAACAAUUUUGUAGGAGUUCAAAAUUUGCAACAUUUGGAAUCGGAUUUCACCGAUAUAAUUUCAGCCAACACAUCAGCCACCAAUUCUCCAAUUGUGGACUUGGAUUUCUCACUUGAUCAAGUGGAAUUGGUUCCCGACUUUCCAUUUGACUCACCAGGAUUUUUCUCAUAAUUUCAUCUAGACACUGGAAAUAAGAAAGGAAAAGGUGCUGCAUUUGUGUGCAAUUCAACACACUGGCUGGUUCUGCCUGUGGAACCUAGCUUGUAUUAUAAAUGAGGCGAGGAUGCAUGUAAAAUAGGAUUAGCUAUGACAGCAUUGCAAAAUUUUGAAGUUUCCUACAAAUAACAUCUGUAAUUGUUUUGCUUCUAAAUAUCAAAUUCCAUUAACUUACACAAACUUCCAACCUCGGUAGACAAUUCAGCAGCAGAUGAGAGGCAACGGCAUGUUAAUUUCUAGGACAUAAAAGAGAAAUUUAAAGCCAAAGGAAAGGUAAAAACUUUAGAAUUCUCGUAAAAUGAGAAUAAAUUUAAAUAUCAUGGAGAGACAGUACAGUACAAUGGAUUCAUCACUCUUGUUGAACAUGAUCUUUUACAUGAUAGCUGGCAAAGACAUUCUGUCAUUCUUAGGAUAUCACACAUACUGAUGAAGUUUCUAAAGACAAUAACCACAUAUCAAGAUUGUACCCUUAGAAAUAUAUACGAUUUACUAAAUGCUAAGUUGGAAAUUUGUGUUCCUUAUAAGCGUUUUGAAUAUCUCGAGCAUUCAGUUGGAAUUGAAGGCUUGAUGCAUAGGUGCACUUGGCGGAGCAGAAGUGACAUGGACUGCAGAAAGUAUAGAGUAUUCUCUGCAAAAAGUGGAAAAAGAGAAAGAGCACUGAGCCCUGUUUUCCAAGUAAAGAAGGAGAUAUUGUGCUCGAAUAAACUAACCGAACUUAUGUAGUGUACCUAGAUGGAAGACUUCUUCUCCUCUUCGAUUGCUGAAACAGGAUCUGAUGAUCUUUUUCUGGAACCACUUGCAUUCCUAAGAGCUUGUCUUAGCCCCAAGACAAUGAAUAAGUUGGUUAGAGUGAGAAGUGCCUCAGCCCCACCGUGCAACCAAUCCAUCCACAUUAGGUAAGGAAGUACCAUAACGCACCUUCGCUGCCUCAACCAUGCAACCAUCAAGUCCCAAUAGAAAGUUAAGACAUAGGCAUGAAGAAUAAAGCUGAUGAAUGUUCAAGUAAAAUCCUAUUUAAUGGGAGAAGUUACCAUAAAUUCUAGCCGGGACUGCUCAACAGAAGUGAAGCCACCAAGGUACAAUUACGAAGAAAGACAUAUAGCUUACAAAAGCUGUUGACAACAAUAAACAUCCCAAACAUGUAUAGAGCAAGAAAUAUUAAGUUAACCAGGAAAAAUUUCAGGCAGAAGGAUGUGUGUUAAAACUCCACCAAAAUUAUACAUCAACAUAUAUCAAGUUAAUUCUCAAGUUUUGAUCCUACUAUACAACAUCAUAUCUCAUUAAUGGCACCAGUACAAUGCCAAUUGCAUAACAAUUUCUUCUUUUUAAAGGAACAAGUUUGGCUGUUUCCCUUAAUCCGUUCAUUCACAAGAACUUCUAGAGUCAGUUCCACUUUUACUAAUUUCUACAUUUAAUCCACCAAAUAAUUAAAAGUCCUAAACUUCAAAAUUCACCACCCAGAAAUUUCAGAAACUUCAAGCACAAAAAAAAAAAAACAGAAUCAAAA